CAUUACACCCAGCUGGCGAAACGGAUGACAGUCUAGAAAACAUCAGGGUUGAGCUUUUGACCGACGUCAGACGAAGAAACAGUGCCUCAGAUGUAAGGCAGAAGAUGUCAAGAACAUUUUCCUACCGUAGACAAGAGGUGGUGCAGGGAAGUCCAACUGCUGGGGAGUUUAAAGCUAGGUGGCCUGCACUUUUCCAGAUUAAUGAGGUAAAUGCUGAAUUCCAGCGUAUUACAACACUUCAACUGGAGACGACCUUCGCGGCACAGUUAGACAGAAUUACACCUCAGCUGAUGACAGUUUUCCAGAAGAAGGGCGGUGUUUCUGGGCAGAAACUUGCCCACCACUUGCAGAUCAUGCAAGAGGCUGAAAGUGAUGUUAAAGUGAAAAGGGAAGCAGUUCUCAGGGCACUUUGCCUCUACCUUGGUGAAGAGGACGGAAGCCUUAUUCGGGAGUACUUGGACAUUGAAGGAGAUGACAUCCAGAGAGACCUGAAGAAGCACACCAUGGGCAUUUAUGUCAUCAACAAGGAGGAUGGACAAAAUGGACAUUAUGAUGACAUUGGAAUAUUUGUUGAAGGCGAGAUUGUCAUGGACAACAUUGGAUCUCCGGCCCAAGCUUGUGCAUUGAUGCUUGGAGUAAUCUAUGCACUAAACCUAGCCUACCCCAAGGAAUUGAGGCACUAUUAUGAAUUCAUUCAGAAAGUGUUGAUGGGAUUGGGGGAGAGCUUUUCCCCAUCCAAAGUCCUUGGGCUGAAGAACAAAAUCGCUACUGGAUAGGAAGAUUUCUAAAACCACACAUCCAGAGAAUGCUGUUGUCAAAGGAGUUUGCAAAGAAAAGCGUCUGGACUUCUUUGAGUUGCUUG